AUGCCGGACAAAGACCUGUCGCCCACUGAAAUGGCACCUCGUGUUAUUAUUGAAGAUCAGCAAUUCAUCGCCAGUCUUUUUGUGGAAGGUUUCCCGCAGCGAGAAAUUGCCUGUAGAACUGGGAGGUCGAAGACAGUGAUCACCAAAACUGUACGUUCUUCUGGAGAAGGUGGAACAUUUACGGAUGCCAAGUGGUUCGGGCAGCCAAGAGACACAAUGCACGAGGCCGACAUUUUGAUUGUGGCCGCAGCUGUCGUGAAUCUUUUCUUGUCCGCCAAGGAUAUCUGGGACGAACUCUCACUGAAUGUUUCUACAAGGACAGUGAGCCGGCUGUGGAAGGAGGCUGGAAGUGAAAAUUUCACCACGGCGCAAAAGCCUUUUCUGUCUGAGCGAAAACGCCAACAACGCCUGGACUUCCCUGUGAACCACCAGCAUUGGAAGGAAGAAGAAUGGAAAAAUGGACUGCCGGGCCUCCCCGGCCUCCCUGGCCCCGAUGGCAAGGAAGGCCAACAAGGUGCCGCUGGACCAAUGGGCCCACCGGGACCGCAUGGAGAGCGUGGCGAGAGAGGAUUUGCUGGUGAAAGGGGUCGAGCUGGUCUUCCUGGGCCACAGGGCAUGCGUGGUGAGGCUGGCCCACCAGGACCUGCUGGUGCAACGGGACUUACUGGAGAGAAAGGUUCUAAAGGGCAUGCUGGACCUCCAGGGCUUGUGGGUCUACCUGGCCGUCGUGGUGACGUCGGCCAGCCAGGAGCCAAAGGAUCCCAUGGUGAGCAAGGCCCUCCUGGUCCUGAAGGUCCACCAGGUCGUACCGGAGACCAGGGUCUGCAGGGACCAGCAGGACCUCCUGGUCCUCACGGGGAGCCCGGGGAAAAGGGAGAGCCUGGGGUGCCAGGUCCAGCGGGUGUAACCGGAGCACCAGGAGUGCAAGGAGACCGGGGACUAACGGGACCACCGGGACCACCGGGAUUUCCUGGACCUACGGGUGCCACAGGCGCGGCAGGUGCCAAGGGUACGUCGGGUGCACCAGGUGUCAAGGGGCAGCAAGGUGACGCUGGACCACAGGGGCCACCAGGAGAGACUGGACCACAGGGUGCUCACGGACUUCCUGGGCCGAAAGGACCACGUGGAGAGACUGGCCCAAAGGGCGACGCUGGAUUCGUAGGAGCGCCUGGCCGACCUGGUGAUCCUGGGAGUCCAGGAGAAGCUGGGAACCCAGGGCCACAAGGACCAGCUGGAGCACCGGGCAACAAAGGUGCUACUGGUGAGGCUGGAAGAGUAGGAGCUCCAGGUCCCAUCGGCUCCCCCGGACCCCUUGGUUUUCCUGGGCCCAAAGGAGAAGCUGGUCCCGAAGGCCCAGCCGGACACCCAGGGAGCCCAGGACCACAAGGAGCCCAGGGAGACCGUGGCCUGCCCGGACUUCCAGGACUGCAAGGACCUUCUGGACCAGUGGGGCCUCGUGGCCCACAGGGUGAAAAGGGUCACGAGGGAAAGAGGGGCAGCGAUGGCCAAAUGGGUCCGCAGGGUCCCCCUGGACACUCAGGCCCGCCAGGAAGUACGGGAGAGCUGGGUCCCCCGGGUCAACCCGGCAAAGUAGGUCCACCUGGCAUCCAAGGACGCCCUGGCGACAAGGGACCAGUUGGGCCUCCCGGACAGCCUGGACCACCGGGCAUCCAAGGUUUGCAGGGUCCUCCUGGGAAUGCAGGUCCAAUGGGAGCCACUGGAGAACGUGGUGAACGAGGCGACACUGGGCCACCUGGAGUCCGUGGGCCACAGGGACAGAGGGGACCACAAGGAGCAUCUGGGCCGCAGGGUCUCAAAGGGGACCGUGGUGCUCUCGGAGAAAAGGGCUCUAAGGGUCACCGGGGUCUCGUAGGUCUUCAAGGACUGCCCGGACCAGCGGGACCACAUGGAAGCAAAGGAGCAAUCGGCAACCCCGGACCGCCUGGUGCCCCGGGUGAUCCCGGACCAAGAGGACUGGCAGGAAGAGAUGGAUCGCAGGGAGUGCCCGGUCAUGUAGGUGCCCCUGGUCUAAGAGGCCCACCAGGUGAAGCAGGGAAGCCGGGAGCACCUGGCAACCCGGGACCAGCAGGACCUCCUGGAAGGCCGGGGGAACCCUUCGGUUACGACGCCGCAGCCCUGCAAGCAAUUUUGGGGCAGGGCCAAGUGAAAGGACCAGACCUCCUGGCAGGCGACGAACCCGCUAAGCUGUUUGAGGCGACAGUUCCACUGGAGGAAAAAAGGCGCAUUGUUUUUGACUACUACCGACGCCUGGUGGACGAAUAUGACAAGCUUCGGCACCCAACCGGCGAGAAAGAUGCACCAGCAAGAACAUGUCGUGAUUUGGCCGCGUCGCGCCCUGACCUCCCCGACGGCCUCUACUGGAUUGACCCGAAUGAAGGAAACGCCAGGGACGCCGUUCAGGUGGAGUGUCGAAUGGCCGUGGGUGCGUCCUGCUUACUGCCAUCGCCUAACCAGGUUCCGAAGAAGGCCUAUUACUUCGGGCGAAACAAGCAUGCUUGGCUCAGUGAACUGGAAGAUGGUUAUCAGAUACGGUACAAGAUUGACCGCAUACAGCUGACGUUCCUACAAUUGUUGAGUUCAAGGGCAGUACAAAACAUCACGUACCACUGCCGAAAUUCCGUGGCCUUCCUGGAUUCAAUCAAGCAGACGCACCGCCGUUCUAUCCGUCUCAUGGCACACAAUGACCUGGAACUGCGUGCUCCAGAAGGGGACGUCAACCCGGCAUUCACAUUCACAGCGCUCUUCGAUGGCUGCAAAGAUCGUUCAGACAAGUGGAGCUACACCAUCCUGCAGUACAAGUCCGACAAGGCCCAGCGGCUCCCAAUCGUGGACAUUGCUCCCAGAGACAUAGGCCUCAAGAACCAGGAGUUUGGUGUAGAAGUUGGACCAGCCUGCUUCUAUUGAGAACAGCAGAUCGGUGUCCGGUCGUUAAGCACAGUUGGAAACAAAGGACAAGCGUUGCAAUGCUUUCUGUUUGUAUAUCACUGUACUGUGCCUCUGUUACAACAUGUAAAUAAAUUAUUUUCCUGUGACAGUA